UCAAGAUCUGAAGCCGGCCUUCUCGAGAAGAUUCUCGAGGUCAUCAAGGACUACACAAAUGCGAAUGAGCCAGCAAAGGAUCAGCUUUCUAAAUUUUGGACAGCAUACAAAACUGUGUCUGACGAGUACGAUGACGACAUGUUAGAGAGGUGUAAUGGAAAUAUGGAUAUAGUCCUGAUCUUCGUACGUGAAACACGUCAUUGUUUCGAUAGCAUCUAA